AUGCCGGCCACCAUCAUCCCACCGGUCCCUCAUUACGAACAUGCUCCAGAGACAAAGGAGAAUUUGGACUACGCUGAGGUUCCUGUCAUUGACCUUGCCAACGUGCACACCUCCCAGGGGCACCUAGAACUUGCGCCAAAAGUACGGGAUGCGAUGCGCAACUAUGGCUUCAUGUGCGUUGUAAAUCAUGGGCUAUCGCAAGCUCAGAAUGACCGCUUGAUCGACAUCGCCAACGUCCCAUUCACUCAAGUUCCCGAGGAGGAGCAGAGGUCAUUCGUGUCCAAGAUCAGAGAACUAGGGGAGUGGAAGGGAUAUAAGCCACGUCAGUUCUGGCACGUCGAUAACGGCGUACGCGACCAAAUCGACCACUACGCUAUGAUCCGUCCGGCGUUCGAGCAGCACCACCCUAAGGCGCUGCAGCCAUUCCUCCCAGAGAUCCACGCUUUUAUGAAGCACAACCACUUCAAUGUCCUUCACCCUGUCCUGAGGCUGCUCGCGCUAGGGUUGGAAUUGCCUGAAGAGACGUUCGUAAGUCAGCACCAGUUCGAGGCCGAGGGUAUGACGUUCCUGGCCCAGUUCGUUUCGCAAAAUGGUCAGACGCCUUAUUUGGGAGGAGAUGAAGUCGGCACUCACCAGAUUGCUCCCAGUUACCCGCGUACAGAAGAUGACGAAGCCAAGACCAAGAACGUUUGGAUGAAGGGACACACCGACGGCGGUACUGUUUCACUCCUCUGGAACCAGCCCCUUGUAGCACUGCAGAUCAUGUGCCCCGAUGGUCAGUGGCGGUAUGUCAAGUAUAUCCCUAACAGCAUCAUCGUCAAUUUGGGCGAUUCGAUGGAGAAGAUGUGCGGGGGCUAUUACAAGGCCACCAUCCACCGCGUCUUCCAGCCGCCUCUGGAUCAACAGGGCUACGCUCGUCUCGGGCUAUUCUACUUCGGCUAUGCCGAUGAUGACGUGCGGCUCCUGCCGCGCAUGGAGAGUCCUCUUUUGCAACGCGUUGGCAUUACGAGGAGUUGUGAGGACGCGGAUGCUCCUACACAGAAGGAAUGGAGGGUCAUCCGUACAAGUACUUACGGAGAUUCGGAGAGAGAGAGAAAGCGCAAGGACGACGGCACCGAGGAGGAGGUAGUGAAUGGGGUGGUGAUCAAACAUUGGAACUGA